AUGAGCACCGAUACUAGCUCAUAUGAACGUGAUAUGUUAAUUGCUGUUGGUGUUUUAGCCGGUGUUGGUUUUGUAUUGGCAUUGGUUCGGACAUGGGCAUGGCAAAGUCGGUCAGGAAAAGACAUAAUUGAUAUAAUAACAAUAUUAAAGUUUAUUCUAUUUUUAUGUGGAAUACUUGGAUCAGUACUUUUCAUUGUUACAGCCAGUGUGUCAUUAUGGUUGCGAAUCAAGCUAAAUAGUAAAUCCAGCAUAUUUUUACUAUUCAUUGUUGUUAGUUUUAUUCUCAAAACAAUUGAUAUUCUACAUAUAAUUAUUCAUCAGACACAAAACGAUAUUUUUUUCGUUGAUUGGGAAAAACCAAAAGUUGGAAGUAUACAGAAUUCUAUUUCAGUAUGGCGAUCUUAUUUUGUUGCUAAUGAAUUCAAUGAAAUUCAAUCAUAUAGAAAAAUUAGUGUUACCUUCCAAUUAGUAUUUGUUCUUUUUCUACUAAACGUGAUUAAACUUGAACGCUACACCUUAAAAGUACAAGUACAAGUGCUCAUGCUCUGUUUAGCAAAUGGAACUCUCGAUAUUACUUCUGCUUGUCCAACUACGGAGUAUGAUCGCAAUUUUCGUGUUGGUAUUGCAUUUGCAAUAUUUCUAGCAGUUGGUAAGAGAACUUUGAAUCUUAGAAAUAAAUAUAUGUCGUCAUCAAAUUUAGUCUUCGGUUUUUUUUUUAGGUUUUUUCCAAUAUCUCAUUAACCACGCUCGACAUUAUAUAUUUUUAUCAAGAAAUUCCAUCUUUGUUCUUGUGCUGUGUUUUUCUGGUUUUAUUGUUAAUGUUUUCAAAAUAUU